AUGGCCAUUCUGAUAUUUCCGGAAUCAGUAGUAAUCGCGAUUCACUAUAUCCUGGGCGGCAAUGGAGCCAGUAUGGUUCUUGCUAUGAUAAGCGGCCAUCGUUUUGUUUUGGUGUUUUUAAGCCAAGCAUUCAUUGUCCUACUGUGGUUUUAUUACGUUCUAGAAGUUAAACGCCAAAAAACAACGGCCCCUAGUCCCCAGCAGGCCUUAAGUGGUCAAGGGGUGCCAAGAAUCCCUGGGAAGUAUGCAAUAGUGGAGGAAUGUUGCAGAAAAAUUCAGAAUGGCCUCUCUAUGGUACUUAGACUUGGAACGCUCAAUGUUGGAUCAUUGACUGGCCACAGCAUGGAAAUGGCAGAAAUGCUCGAGUGUAGAAGGAUUGACAUCUGCUGCCUUCAGGAAACCCAAUGGAAAUCGAAUGGUGUCUGUCUUGUCAACUCAGACAAAAAAAAUUAUAAACUAUUCUGGAAUGGUCAAAAGACAGCCAAAAAUGGCGAUCUUAAUGGCCACGUUGGAGAGAAAACAGAUGGUUUUGACAACGUACAUGGCGGUUUUGGCUAUGGAAAACGGAAUGAAGAUGGCAACCGCAUCCUUGAGUUUGCUGAAAGUCACGGGUUUUGUUUACUGAACACAUAUUUUAGAAAGAAGUUGAAACAUCUCAUAACAUACAAAAGUGGACCAUCAGCCACGCAAAUUGAUUUCUUCGCUGUCAAGCAACCACACCGAAGGCUGUUCAAAAACGUCAAAGUUUUACUUGGCUAA